AUGGGCUCCAUCUCCAAAAAGGACCUGAAGACAGCAUUGGAGGUCUUUGCCGUCUUCCAGUGGGCUCUGAGUGCCUUACUCAUGGGUUUUUUUGUGGUCUUUUCCCACCUCUACCUGGUGGUGUUCACACCGUACUGGCCGCUGGCUGGGCUCACAAUUAUCUGGCUGAUUUUUGACUGGAAGACCCCUCAGCAAGGUGGCCGGAGGUCAGACUGGGUGAGAGGUUGGUGCCUAUGGAAACAAUACAGAGAUUACUUUCCACUCAAGAUGGUGAAGACUCAUGACUUAUCCCCCAGACACAAUUACAUCAUCGCAACUCACCCCCAUGGGCUCAUGUCGCACAGCGCCUUUUGCCACUUUGCUACUGAGGCCUCUGGCUUCUCCAGGAUCUUCCCCGGCAUCACCCCACACUUACUCACCUUGGGAGCCUUCUUCUGGGUGCCCGUCCUUAGGGAAUACGUGAUGUCUAGUGGAGCAUGUUCUGUGAGCCGAGCCUCCAUGGACUACCUGCUGAGCAGCAAAGGCUCCGGCAAUGCUGUGGUGGUGGUGGUGGGCGGCCUGGCUGAGUGCCGUUAUGGCAGGCCCGGCAUCUCCACACUUGUUCUGAAGAAACGUCAGGGCUUUGUGCGCAGGGCCCUCCAGCACGGGGUGGCCCUGGUCCCCUCCUACUCCUUUGGAGAAAAUGAAAUCUAUGACCAGCACGUCUUCACUCCAGGAGGCUGGGUCAACCACUUGCAGCAAUGGUUUCAGAGGUUGGUGCACAUCUACCCCUGCGCCUUCUAUGGCCGUGGCUUCACUGAGAACUCCUGGGGCCUUCUGCCUUACAACCGGCCCAUCACCACCAUCAUUGGGAAGCCCCUACCGAUCCCUAAGAUAGAGAACCCAAGCCAGGAGACGGUGGACAAAUACCACGCUCUGUACCUCACGGCCCUGCGGAAGCUGUUUGAUGAGCAUAAGGUCCAAUAUGGGAUCUCGGAGAGCCAGGAGCUGGAGUUUGUCUGAAAGCUGCCCAUCAGCAAGCUUCGCGUCUUAGGAGGGAGAUGUUAAGGAAGCAGGCAAGGAUAUGCAUGUACGGGAGCUGUGGGUGGACUUGCUGGACGCGGAGACUCAGCUAGGGGGGCAGAUAGGGGCAGAUAAAGAGAGCUUGGAGCCUCUCCCACUGGGUUGAGCCAGGUGAUUGUUUCAAUUCUUCAUGCCUUGGGCUUCUGGAGGCAGAGAAGUGGCACAGGGCCAGGCAAGGCAUGAGAUUAGCAGGGGGCUCACGAUUUCUUGUGUGGGGGUGGCAACUCUUCCUUAGGGCACAGUAUACCAUUGGACAGCCAAUAAAAAUGCCUCCUGAAAUGCAGUUCCAGAAGUAUUUAUUAAGUGCCAAAUACACAACAAGGUCUGGGGGGGAGAGAUACAAAGGUUCUCUGAGACAUGGGGCCUGCCCUCAUGGAGCUUCCAGUUUGGUAAGGGGAGAAAACAUGGACACAGACAACUACUGUAUGCAAGAGAAUGAAUACAGGUACAUGGGAGGCGUAUAAAGUGCUACACAAUCAGUGGAAGGAGAGAGCAUGUCUUGAUGGGGGUGGGCUGGGAAGGCCUCCUGGGGGAGGCAGCAUUUGAGUGGGGCCUUGAAGGACAUCACCAGAAGGAGCUCUUAUGGGAGGACAUCGCAGGCAGGGGGAAUGGUAGUUGUAGAGGCCCCCAAGCCAGAAGACAAAGGCGACAUUCCAGGGAUGUCAAGCCAAACAGAAUUCUGAGAGGGGGACCCAUGCAAGCUUGGACUGGUCAAGGCUAUUAGAGCCAGAUUGUGGAGGCCUCAAAUGCCAGGCUUAGGAGCUUGGACUGAUUUGAUGGGUGAGAGGCUGUGGUGACCGAUGGUCAUGGCGGGAAUGACACCUGGUGACUGACGGGACCCCAAGCGAAACAUGCCGAGUAGUCUCCUAAGCAGGGGUACGUGGGUGGUGCAGCCACCAACAGACAUUGCAAAGGAAGAAAGAAGAGCAGGUGUUUAGCGAGGCUCCAGGAAACAUGGCACAGAGAGCCUGCUGGGUAGCCAUGUGGCUUUGGGAAUCACUCGGGCACCCGUGCCAGGUGAUGCCAGUGAAGAGGCUGACGUAGAGGGACAGAGCAGAGGGAAUCAAGAGAAGGCAAAAAGGAGUGAUGAGGGAGGCAGGAGAACCUGAAAAAUGGGGGCUCAUGGAAGCCAAGGAGGCAGGCACCAAAGAAGAGAGGGCAGUCAGCAGGCACCAAAGAAGAGAGGGCAGUCAGCAGGCACAGAAACAGCAAAGAAGAAUGAGAACUGAAAGUGGGAGAGUGAAGCUUGGGGACAGAGGCCACCCUUCAGGGACUUACAGACCUUAGAGCUCGAAGGCCACUUAGAGGUCAAGGUCACCCCUGGUGCAAUCUCCAGCUGGGCUAUGCUUGAAGACCUUUCACGACCUUACUCUUGGACAGCUCUCAUUGGUUGGUUUCCUGACAUCAAGCUUAAAUCAAUCUCUCCUCUCCUCUCUCUCU